UGACGCGCUAACGCGGAAGUGCUCCACCACUGCGAGAGGAGAAGAUGGCAGCUCGCAGGCGCCUCGUCUCGGCUCUGCUGGUGUUUCUCUGCGCUUCGUCGGUGUUUAGCGGCGCCGAGAGUCAAGAAGCGACGCUGACGGGCGGCCACCGCGCCGCCGCGGUCGACGACCCUCCAACGGACACCGAGAGAGCGGAACAAGCUGCCGAGCAGCCCGCGGUGGAGGAGAGGCGGUGGGAAGCGACCGAGGUGGAAGAGGCGACUCCGGAUGAAGCUGCGGGCGAGAAGCAGGACACCUCGGCCCCCGGGACCGCGGCCCCCUCCUCCGCACCUCAACCCAAGGAUGACUUUCAGGAGGAGCUGGUCGUCAGACCGCUGCACUCGGGAGAUAUUUAUGCCAGCUUCCAGUUCCGCACCCUGUGGGAAACUGACUUCACCAGAGAAAACAAAGUCUCCCACUACCGGUUGUUCCCCAAGUCCCUGGGUCAGGUCAUCUCCAAGUUCUCAGUGCGAGAGCUGCACAUCUCCUUCACUCAGGGCUACUGGAGGACCAUGCAGUGGGGGCAGCCCUUCCUGCCGUCCCCUCCCGGUGCCGAACUCUGGGUCUGGUUCCAGGACUCUGUGACGGAUGUGGACGGCACCUGGAAAGAGCUGACCAAUGUUUUGUCGGGGAUUUUCUGUGCUUCACUCAACUUCAUUGACUCCACCAACACCGUUCAGCCCAGUGCUUCCUUCAAACCACUGGGAAUAGGAAACGAAGCGACCGACCAUCGCUUCCUCCGCUAUGCCACCCUCCCACGAGAGAUUGUUUGCACAGAGAACCUGACACCCUGGAAGAAACUAUUGCCAUGUGGAUCCAAGGCUGGUCUCGCUGUCCUGUUGAAGUCCGAGAAACUCUUCCACAGCAGUUUUCAUUCCCAGGCAGUGCACAUCAGACCUGUGUGUGAGGACCGGCAGUGCAAGACCACAUCCUGGGAGCUCCGACAGACGCUGAACGUGGUCUUUGACCUUUACACCUCUGGACAGGGCAAGCGAGAGUGGUCUCUGUUCAAGAUGUUCUCUCGGACCCUGACAGAAGCUUGUCCACUGGCCUCCUCCAGUAAAAUCUAUAUCGACGUCACAGACAACCCUCAGGGGGAGCAGUUUGAACUGAGCCCGGCCACAGCCCUGCUGAGCCAGGCAGUGGUGCUGGGGGACAGACGCACCUUCUCCGUCUACGAUCUGACCCAGCAAAUCACCUUCGGCAGCGUGCGCUCCCUAAACCUGCUUAUCCGCUGGAAAUCCACUGAGGGUGACAUGCUGCGUCCGCUGCUCCACGCUGAGCGCUACGUGGCCGGUUACGGGCUGCAGACGGGAGAGAUUCACACGCUGAUGUACAACAACCACCCGUACAGGUCUUUUCCUGUGCUGCUGCUGGAUUCAGUUCCCUGGUACCUUCGUCUCUACAUACACACGCUCACCGUCACCAGCAAGGGAAAGGACAACAAGCCCAGCUACAUCCACUACCAGCCAUCCAAGGACCGCCUCAGGCCCCACCUGCUGGAGAUGCUGGUCCAGCUUCCUCCCAACUCUGUCACUGAGGUCACCGUGCAGUUUGAGAGGGCUCUGCUCAAAUGGACCGAAUACACCCCUGAUCCCAACCACGGCUUCUAUGUCGGCUCUUCAGUAAUCAGCUCUCUUGUACCGAGUAUUGUCGCCAUGGAUACAAACAGCACUCUGAAACGCCCCCUUUUCAGCAGCUUUUUUCCCUGUAAAGAGGAGUCCAGCUUCUUCGUGCGCAUCUACACAGAACCUCUGCUGGUCAACCUGCCAACCCCAGACUUCAGCAUGCCUUACAACGUCAUCUGCCUGACCUGCACCGUGGUGGCCGUGGGCUACGGCUCCCUCUACAACCUACUGACCCGGAGCUUCCAGAUUGAAGAGCCCAGCCCAGGACUGGCCAAGCGGAUAGCCAACAUCAUCCGCAAGAUGAGGGGCGUGCCGCCUCUCUGAGGCUGGACACAGAUGCCAACUGGCUCUGCUUUCAGAGAGAAGCUCUGCUAUUGGCGAAAACCACUGGUAAACAUGUGAUAUUCAGGGAAAAACGGAGUCAAACACUGGUGUGAAUGUUGACUGUAUGAACGGUCAACUUCAGGUUUUGGGUUUUCUUUUUUUAUGGAAGAGGAUGAAUGACUCUGAACACUAACACAGGCAGGAUCAUUUCCUAAUGGCUAAAGACGAGAAAUGUGGACAUUUGUCUACUUGGAGCUUUGUUAUUGUUUGACAAGUAGAAGGAACCAAAGCUGUGGAAUCUGCAGCAGUGGGAACUGCAUCGGUGUGUUUUUUUGUUUGAUUGUUUUUGUUUUGUGAAUGUCAGAAACCAUGAAACCACACUCCACUACAUCAUAAUUUAUCCACACCGUCACUGCGGCAUUUUAUCAGUUUGGAAACUGAGAUAAAGUUAUGUUUCUACAAUGAUGAGGCUGCACUAUUUAAACCUCUGAGUGGAGAUAGAUAAAGGACCCUCACCUUUGGUCUCAUACUUUGUUCCUGACAUGUUGAUUCCCAUCGUCCCGUCAGGAAAGAUUAAAUACAAAGAUCUUUUGCAGUCAGACUGUAACAUUUUUAUCAAAGCUCAGGUAUGACCGGUUUCCCCACGGCCAAGCUAUGAAGGUAAAUAUGUUGCAAAAUGCAAGCGCUUGCAUUUUGCAACAUAUUUACCUUCAUACAAGCAAACUAAACACAGCAUGAAGGUUGCACUAUGGGACAUCCAGAAGUACAGUUUAUCCUUUUUAUGUAGAGUCCCUGUUGCGUGAUUCUUUUCUGUUGACGUUUUAAUGAGAAAACACCUGCACACAAAAAAUACGGAAAUUGUUUUGCUGAACAACCAUGUGAUUUGACUGGAACUCGGAAUAGCCCUCUCACCAAACAUUUAUUUUGCACUCAUUUUUGACUGCAUGCUUGAAUGUUAUAUGCAAUUGUCUGCAGGUCAUGAAAAUGAUUUGCCUUUAGUUUGCGACUUCCUCCCUCCUCAGCUUGAUGCAGUUGAAUUGUGUCUUACAGCAGACAAGCGAGUAAUGCUCGUCUGCCUAAAAGUCUCUUCUGUUUUGCAAUAUGAAUGUUUGACUUUACUAAGUGUGUUUGUAUGUUCUUUUUUCGCCUUUCAGUAAACUGACAAACAUUU